UCCCCUCACCUGGAGGGUGAGGUCCCCCUGCUGCACUGUCCUAGACACCACAGCCAGUCUAGGCCUGGGGAGGGCCGUUCCCCUUCCUAUGAGGCUGCUGAUGUGACAACUGUAUGACAGGCAGGACUGGCCUCUGUGUGGCCACGCCCUGUGUGUUUGUCUGUCCUGUGGUCACAGUAGGCCCUCCGUCUGCAGAGCCACAACCAGAGAAAGGAGACACCAUGACACCCACCCUUACGGCCCUGUUCUGUUUCGGGCUGAGUAUGAGCCCCCAGACCCAAGUGCAGACAGGCACCCACCCCAAACCCACCAUCUGGGCUGAGCCAGGCUCUAUGAUGCCCUGGGGGACACCUGUGACCAUCUGGUGUCAGGGGAGCCUGAAGGCCCAGGAGUAUCGCCUGGGUAAAGAUGGGGACUCAUGGAAUUGGGACUCACAGAAGCCACUGGAGCCCGGGGACAAGGCCAAGUUCUCCAUCACACACAUGACAGAUGUAUAUGCAGGAAGAUACCGCUGUGACUAUCUCAGUCCAACUGGCUGGUCAGAGCCCAGUGACACCCUGGAGCUGGUGGUGGUAACGGGAUCCCAGGACCAACCCACCCUCUCAGCCCUGCCCAGCCCUGUUGUGACCUUAGGAGGGAACGUGACCCUCCAGUGUACCUCAUGGAUGGGAAUCCACAGGUUCAUCCUGAUGAAGGAAGGAGAGCGCCAGCCCUCCUGGACCCUGGUCUCCCAGGCAGCCCCUGGUGGGGGGACCCAGGCCCUGUUCCCUGUGGGCCCUGUGACCCCCAACCACAGGUGGAGGUUCAGAUGCUAUGGCUAUUACAGCAACACCCCCCAGGUGUGGUCGUACCCCAGUGACCCCCUGGAGCUGCUGGUCUCAGGACAACUGCCUUUCACACCCUCCCUCUCAGUGCAGCCAGGACCCACGGUGGCCCCAGGAGAGAAUGUGACCCUUCUUUGUCAGUCACGGAGCUCUGUGGACACUUUCCUUCUGUCCAAGGAGGGGGCAGCCGAUCCCCCGCUGCGUCUAAGAUCACAGUACCGAGCUGGGCAGCACCAGACUGAAUUCUACAUGAGUUCUGUGACCUCAGCCCAAGAGGGGACCUACAGGUGCUACGGCUCUGCCAACACCUCCCCCUACCUCUUGUCACAGCCCAGUGACCCCCUGGAGCUGCUUGUCUCAGAAGCAGCUGGCACCGUGAGCCCACCCCAAAACAACUCAGACCCCAGCAGUGCCUCAGACUCCAGAGAUUACAUGGUGGAGAAUCUGACCCGCAUGGGCGUAGCUGUCUUGAUCCUGGUGGUCCUCGGGAUUCUGCUGCUAGAGGCUCAGCACAGCCAGAGAAGGACUCCAGACUCAGCCAGGAGCUAAACACAAGGGGGAGCAAUGCCACCAUUCCAUGUGGCAGAGCUGUGGGCAUGCAUCCCAGGUGCCCAGAGGGAUCUGGAGGAAAGCCUGCAGCUCACCCUCUCUGAUCUGUCUGCUGACAACAUCGAGGGGGAGCAUGGUUCAAGUGCAGGAGGUGCACCUGGGCUGCUCCCUGUCCUAGACUCGUCCCUCGUGCUCUGUGGUGCUUUCCCUCCUGCAUUGUUGGACAUCCUGGCUUUCCCCUCCUUCCUCAUCCCUGUGAGUUGAGGGUUCGUAACAUGAGGCAGGGCUGGUUCAUACCUUCCUACAGCGGCAGCUCUGGUCCAGCUUCGUGGGAUACAUUUUCCUUCACUUUCCAUUUCCCUUUUCCCUAUUGUCCACUAUUGUCCUCCAUUCCUCAGCCAAAACCACAGACUCUGUUUUCAUAAGUAAAUAAGUGGGUGAAAAUCAGGUCAACUUUGGAACAGAUGAAUCCAAAACCAUUCCCUGAACCCUCUCUGGACUCACAGAGCUCUUCUGUCCUCAUGUGGCGACACCUGGUGGAAUCUUCCAGCAACACCAUCAUUUUGAGUGAGCUCAAGGGCCUUUGAGGUGUAGCCAGGUGGAAUACUCCAAGGAAUAAAUGGGUUUUCCUUU